UUCCUUACUGCAAAUACUAUCUGCUGCAUCCAGAAUGAGGGCUUCAACGCAAGGGCUGGCCUCGUGUCGGCGACCAAAUGUGCUUGUUUGUGCGUCGACGCUUCCUCUUCAUAGUUCAAGAGCACACCACGAAGUACCCAAUCCUAUAGAGCAAUUGAGAGUGCGCUGGGCGUCCAACUCAGCAGCGUCCACCUCGAGGUCCUCUGGCGAGGACCCCACGUCUGCCAGGCCGAAGGCCGCGGUGCCUGCCCACGUCGCGGCCGUCAUGGAUGGCAACCACCGCUGGGGCACGAGCCACGGUGGUGACUGGCGGCGGGGGCACGAGGAGGGCGUGAACGCGCUGCGGCGAGUGGUGCAGUUCUGCCGGGAGGACGGCGUCAAGGCGCUCACGGUGUACGCGUUCAGCUGUGAGAACUGGGGUCGCUCCGCCUCCGAGGUGGGCUUCCUCAUGGGGCUGCUGGAGCGCACGCUGGACGCCGUGCUGCCGGACCUGCAGAAACAUGGCGUGCGACUUACGUUUGCGGGAGACCGGGCGGCGCUGCCGGAGUCGCUACAACGAGCCAUGCAGAGGGCGGAGGCCGCCACGGGCUCCUGCACGGGCCUGGUGCUGUGUGUGGCGCUGUCGUACGGCGCGCGGCAGGACAUCACGCGAGCGGCGCAGGAGCUGUGCAGGCGCGUGGCGGAGGGCAGCCUGGCGCCGGAGCAGGUGACGGAGCAGCUGCUGGCGGCGCAGCUGUCCACGCACGCGGCGACGGCGGCAGCAACAUCAUCAGGGGGCGGGGUCACAGGCCAAGUGGGGGACCCGGACCUGCUAAUUCGCACCAGUGGCGAGCAGCGGCUCUCCAACUUCCUGUUGUGGGAGUGCGCCUACACAGAGCUCUACUUCACAGACGCCUGCUGGCCGGACUUUGACCGGCCCCACUGGGACGCUGCGAUGCAGCAUUACGCCACCCGCACGCGCCGCUUCGGGCGGCGCGGGAGAGCGGAUGGCGCUGCCGCCGCCCCCGCCACGUCCGAGCCUCAAGACGGCAGCUCCAGGUCCAGCUCCAGCGCUGCUGCUGCGUCCGCAUCUCGCCCCCGGCCGGGCAAAGCGCCAUUGUAAACCCUGCCUGCAACAUG